AUGUUUAUCAUAAAUUGGUUUAGAGAUAUUUUAGCACAUUUAGGAUUAUCACAAAAGAGUGCAAGAAUUUUAUUUUUAGGCCUAGAUAAUGCCGGUAAGACAACGUUACUGCACAUGUUAAAGGAUGAUAGAGUCGCUCAACACGUUCCGACUCUACAUCCACAUUCUGAAGAAUUAGUUGUUGGUAAAAUAAGAUUUAAAACAUUUGAUUUGGGUGGACAUGAAACGGCAAGGAGAAUAUGGAGAGAUUAUUUUGCAGCAGUGGAUGCUGUUGUAUUUAUGAUUGAUACAACUGAUAGAUCAAGAUUUAGUGAAGCUAGAGAAGAAUUAAAACAUUUAUUAGAAACAGAAGAGUUAAGUAAUGUACCAUUUGUUGUUUUAGGGAAUAAAAUUGAUAAACCUGAUGCAGCAAGUGAAGAUGAAUUAAGGCAACACUUAAAUUUAUUUUCGAAUGUAACUGUUAAUAAUAUGAAAGGAAAUUCAGGAGUAAGACCCGUAGAGUUAUUUAUGUGCAGUGUUAUAAGAAGGAUGGGCUAUGCUGCUGCCUUUAAAUGGAUAUCGCAGUUUCUAACGUAA